CAGUUGCAGCUGUUUUCAAACGCAUUGACAUCAUUCAUAAAAUCUGGGAAGAAAGUCCGGGUGGUGACGUCACCUACAAAAAAGAAGAAAAAAAAAAAUGUGACGUAGUGGCUAAGAUGGCGGCUCCCCUUUCCACGAUGAAAUUUUGGAAGCCGGGGUCUGAGGCACCGGGGAUCUCGGAGGAGCGCGAGCUCAACACAGAGACCACCGGCUCCCCCAUCAUCUUCAACCCGCACACCGCCCUCUCCAUAGAGAAGCAGCGGCAGAAGCUCCCCGUUUUCAAGCACAGAAACAACAUCUUAUACUUGGUGGAGAGCUACCAGACUGUCAUCAUAGUUGGUGAGACAGGAUGUGGGAAGACAACACAGAUACCACAGUACCUGCUGGAGGCUGGCUGGGCGGCGGAGGGGAAGGUGAUUGGAGUGACACAGCCUCGACGUGUGGCCGCUAUCUCUGUAGCUAACCGUGUAGCAGAGGAGCGGGGGGCCCUGCUGGGACAUGAGGUGGGCUACACCAUCCGGUUUGAUGACUGCUCUGAUCCCCACGCCACCAGGAUCAAGUUCCUUACAGAUGGCAUGCUGGUGCGGGAGAUGAUGGCUGAUCCUCUUUUGAAAAAAUACAGUGUGUUGAUGCUAGAUGAAGCACAUGAGAGAACCCUGUAUACAGACAUAGCCAUUGGUCUACUAAAGAAGAUUCAGAAAAAGCGGCGAGACCUGCGGCUGAUUGUGGCCUCUGCCACACUGGAUGCCAAGAAAUUCCACGACUUCUUCAACCUGAACGAGUCCGGGGAUCCUAACAAGGACACGUGUGGCAUUCUGACAGUGGAGGGACGCACCUUUCCAGUGGACGUCUUCUACACUGUCAGUCCUGUCCCAGACUAUGUGAAGGCCACAGUGGAGACAGUGCUGAAGAUCCAUGAGACAGAGGACGACGGAGAUGUCCUGGCUUUUCUUACUGGGCAGGAUGAGGUGGAGAAAGUGGUGUCCCUUCUGCAGGACCAGGCCAGGUCUCUUUCACGAUAUGGCAUGAAGAAACACCUGAGAAUUUUGCCCAUGUAUUCCGGUCUACCUUACGCUGAGCAGAUGAAAGUCUUUGAGAGGCUGCCCCCCUCUGUUCGCAAGGUUGUGGUGGCCACUAACAUAGCUGAGACCUCCAUCACUAUAAAUGGAGUUGUGUUUGUCAUCGAUUGUGCUUUUGUGAAGCUGCGAGCCUAUAAUCCUCGCACCGCCAUUGAAUCGCUGGUGGUCACUCCCAUUUCCAAGGCUUCAGCCAGCCAGAGAGCUGGGAGAGCCGGACGAAACCGGCCCGGGAAAUGCUUCAGACUAUACACAGAGGAGGACUUUGAGAAACUGCCUGCCUCUACUGUGCCAGAGAUGCAGCGCACCAAUUUGGCCCCUGUCAUCCUGCAGCUCAAAGCAUUAGGCAUUGACAACGUGCUGCGGUUCAGCUUUCUUUCUCCUCCUCCAGCUCAGACUAUGGUUCAGGCUCUAGAGCUGCUCUACGCUCUGGGAGGUCUGGACCAUUACGGCCGUUUGACUGAUCCCAUGGGCGUGCGGAUGGCAGAGUUUCCUCUCAGCCCCAUGUUUGCCAAGAUGCUCCUAGAGUCAGGAAACUUUGGCUGCUCCAAAGAGAUUGUUACCAUAGCAGCGAUGAUGCAGAUUCAGAAUAUAUUUGUUGUGCCACCCAAUCAGAAGAAAGCUGCCGCCCGAGAGCACAGGAAAUUUGCAGUUGCUGAGGGAGACCACCUCACCAUGCUGAAUGUGUAUGAAGCGUUCAUUAAGCACCAGAAGAGCUCCCAGUGGUGUCAGGAACACUUCCUCAAUUACAAGGGACUGCUGCGGGCCGUGACUGUACGAGAGCAGCUCCGCCGCCUCAUGAACAAGUUUAAGGUGCCACGGACUUCCAGCGAAGGUGACCCUGAUGUGAUCUUGAAGUGCAUUGUGUUUGGGUUUUUCGCUAACGCAGCCCGCAUUCACCAUUCUGGCUCCUACCGGACUUUACGAGACGAUCGCGAGCUUCAUAUCCACCCCAACUCUGUGCUGUUUGGAGAGAAGCCUCCAAAAUGGGUGGUUUUCAAUGAAGUGGUGCAGACAUCAAAGUACUACAUGCGUGAUGUGACUGCUGUUGAGUCGUCCUGGUUGGUUGAGUUGGCCCCUCACUUUUACAAGCAGGCCAAGCAUGGUUCACUGGCCAGCAAGAGGUCCCGGGUCCUCUAAAUCUUGCCAUCCUUUGACCACGUUAAGAAAGGAAGACCCCUCUCAAAUUUCCACUGUGCCCCUCUCCAUGUCAUUGUAUAUAAAAAUGUAAUAUAAAUUUGUUGUCCAUGUCCACCUGCACAACCCCACUACACUAUGUGGCCAUGCUAGAAUGGGAUUAAGCAGAUACACUUUUAGUGUUAACACAUGUGACUUGCUUCAUUUGAAAGCGUCUGCCUUGCUUUUUGGGCAGUGAUGUAGUUUAUAUUUCGAUCUGUGAGUAAAUGGUGACGAAUGUGAGAUGAGAUCAGGCUGUGCCUGUCUAGUGUCCAUUCCAUCCAAGUAUGGUCAUGUAGUUCAUUCAUACUUGUACAUAGUCAGAGCAGGCUCAAGUCCAGGGAACGGCUCCUGUGCCAUAAGCCCGUCCACACCUGGUUCUUAGCUUCAUUAUUUUUUUAAUUGCUGUAUUUUCCUGUUGCAUAAUAAAUAAUGGAAGACAA